AUGAGCACUUCGGCCGCAUCUUCGUCCUCUGUCAGUGGCUUGAGCCACAGCCAACCUGUCGAGCCUGUCAUCCCUGGAUCAGCCAAGGCCCAGCGCUAUCGACCGGAUCUGCUGCAAGAUCCCGAGAAAGCGAAGGACUCGACGGUUGUAGACGUGACGAAGAGGCUGGUAGCGGGGGGGAUCGCAGGAGCAUGGGCCAAGACGGCGAUCGCUCCGCUUGACAGAACCAAGAUCAUCUUUCAGACGAGCGAGAAGAAGUUUUGUGCGAGGAACGUCGUCAUAGAGAUGGUCGAGAUUGUGAAGAGAGAAGGGGUCAACGGGUUGUGGAGAGGGAACUGUGCUACAGUGAUGCGGGUGUUUCCAUAUGCUGGGAUUCAGUUCGCAGCAUUUGACGUUUACAAGCAUUUCUUGAGCAAAGACCCUGAUAGCAUGUCGGCGGCGCAGAGGCUGCUGGCGGGUUCGGCUGCUGGCGCGACUGCCGUUGCCGUCACGUACCCGCUGGAUCUCAUUCGAGCUCGACUAGCAGUGAGGCGGACAUGGGAGGGUUCUGUGGCAAGGAAGGUCUGGUGGCAAGCCAUCACUGGAGGACACGAUAGAAUAACCGUCAAGCAGCUAUACCGAGGGUUGAGCCCGACUUUGUUAGGCAUCCUGCCAUACGCAGGGAUCGCCUUCCUCACGAGAGAUACCUUGAACCAUCUUGCUUCCAAACACUACCACACCACCCCCCUGGAGACUCCGCUGAAAGCCAAGAUGUUUGCUGGCGCGGUGGCUGGUCUUGUUGCUCAAUCUUCCACAUACCCUCUCGACCUCGUUCGGAGAAGAAUGCAGACGGAGGGAUUUGUCGAGACUGGACUGGAUCACGUCAGGAGCUCGAGCGGUAGGGUCGCCACACCUUACUUCAAGUCAAUCUCUUUCACACUGCACUACAUCUACAAGCAAGAUGGCUUGAAGGGAUUGUUUAAGGGGUUGUCGAUGAACUGGAUCAAGGGCCCAGUUGCGUUCAUGAUCAGUUUCACGGUCUUCGACUACAUGAAGAUUUAUUUCCGCAUCGAGAGAUGA